GCGGACGAACAUACUCGUAUAACAACGUAUUUUUAAGUUUUGAAAAAGUGUCUUUUGUUUGAGUAAAGUACAAUAUGUACUCAUAGAAACUUAUUAGAGACUUUGGUGCUAAUGCUCGAAGAAAUACAAAUUGUGGAAAAACUUAUUUGUGUAAAAGUUCCCGGCUUUAGGAAAAAUUAAUCAAUAAAUUAAGAAAAAAGUGAAUUGUUUUUUGUUUGUCUGUUAAUUUUAACGUCACUAUCAACGCCAUCAUGACUGAUCAUCAUGUUGCUGUGCAAAUGGAUAACUUGACAGAAAGACAAAGAGAUCGGUCAAGGUCAAGAGACAGAUCUCUGGGACCACGAAAAAGAAUACCAAGGGCAGUAUCAGAAGUUGAUGAAGAAAACGAUGAUGGGCCUGAUAUUUUAGGUCCAUCUCCCGGAGUUGAUGAUGGGCUACUGUCAAACGACGAUAAAAAUAAAACGAACGGUCCAAAAUUUCCAGCGAAUGGUAGCGUAACACCCAGUGGCGGUGGCGGCAUCGAGGGAGAAGCUGACGAAAAUGAAGACGAACUCCCAAAACGUCGACCAAGUAUUACACCUUCCAUAUACAAUGGUCCCAGAACUAUUUUGGUCGAUGGCAUCGAAACACAAGUACCCGAUUUAAAUGCAUAUCAGCACAAGAAAACCUUGGCUCAAGGUAUGAUGGAUUUGGCAUUACUCUCGGCGAAUGCAAAUCAAUUGAGAUAUGUUCUGGAAUCAUACAAUCGACAUCCGUAUUUCUAUCCAAGCUUGAUAUUUAUCAGUUUGAGUAUAAUUUUUCAAGUAGCAGUUGGUGUUGGUUUGAUCCUAAACAGUCAAUACAACGUCAAGGACGAUCGUGAAAUAUGUAAAGCAAAUCGGAUUAGUAAUUUGACUAUUAUUGGAAUAUUCAUUAUUACUGUUGUAAAUGUUUUCAUAUCAGCAUUUGGAGUUGCAGAUGCUCCAGCGGAUAACAAAUAAACUUACAUACUUAAUGUUAUUUUAAAAUUCUAAGUGUACAAGAAAAAUCGAUUAUUUUUAUACUCAAAUAAUUUAGUAUUAACAAUUUUACAUUAAUCAAAAGAAGUUAGUUUAUAAGUUUUAAAAAUUUUAUAUGAUAUUUAGGAAAAAGAAAAAAGUAAAAAUUAAAUUUCGGCCACUCACAA